UCCUUAAAUCAACCUCGACUUUUAUUUUUUUUUUUUUUUUUUUUAAAUGUUUUAAUGUCAUGGAAGGAUCCAGCGCGUCCAGUUUUGGAAUAGACACCAUUUUAUCUUCCGCCGGUUCCUGCAGCUCGGCGCUCGCGAUGAUGGACGGAGACUUCCGGGCGGCGGAUUUCCGGAGCCGCGCGACACCUUCGCCCUGCUCGGAUGUAGACGCGGGCGCGAGGAGCCCUUCGUCCCCGAUCUCCGUCACUGCAGAGCCUCCUGAACCGCAUCCGGUGCAAGACGGCCUUCAUCAUCAUCUCCAUCAUCACCAUUAUCAUCCGGUGGCCCAAAAUCCGGCCGCGUGCGCUCCGCGGACCGCCACCUCCUCUUUUUUGAUCAAGGACAUUCUUGGCGACGGGAAGCCGCUGGCAGCGUGUGCGCCCUACAGCGCGAGCCUCGCACCCUCCCCGCAGCACCAGCGUCAGCAUCAUCAUACUCCGAAAGCAGAGAGCGCGGACUGUCUCACCCCAAAAGCGGAGCACGACGAGCACGGAGGCAAGGCAGAAAAAAGAGAGGACAUUCACAACGACACCAAAUGCAACGGAACAAAAGAAGAAGGUGAUCGGGAAAUCUCGAGCUCCAGAGACAGCCCGCCUGUACGCGCUAAAAAGCCGCGGAAAGCGCGAACAGCCUUUUCGGACCAUCAGCUGAACCAACUAGAGCGCAGCUUCGAGCGCCAGAAGUACCUGAGUGUGCAGGACCGCAUGGACCUUGCAGCAGCGCUCAACCUCACCGACACACAGGUCAAGACCUGGUACCAGAACCGACGGACGAAGUGGAAGCGGCAGACGGCGGUGGGUUUGGAGCUGUUGGCGGAAGCGGGCAGUUACUCGGCGCUGCAGCGAAUGUUUCCGUCACCGUAUUUCUACCCGCCGGGGCUCCUCGGCUCUGUGGACGGAACAGCGGCGGCGGCGGCGGCAGCAGCAGCGAUGUACAGCAGUGUUUAUCGGAACAGCGCACCGGCACCACAUCCCGCAGCUACUCUGCACAGACCGCUCGUGCCGCGCGUGCUAAUUCACGGCCUGGGCGCGAGCGGGCAACCGGCGCUCAACCCGCUGGGGAACCCUGUUCCUGGCACGCCGCAUCCUCGGUAAAAAAAAAAACCAAACAAACAAAAAAAAAAAGCAAAGGACUACAGAAAAAAAAAUCAAUGAAAAAAGACGUUGGAGAGCGAGAACUGAAUCAGACUGAAAGGGCUGAUUUUUUUUUUGAAAGGACACACAGCGCUUUUUCCCCCAAGAAAGAAUAAAAGAAUAAAAGACAGCUUUAUCGAAGAACAACAAGAAGAUGAUGAAGUGUUACUAUUUAAUAUGGACCAUGCAUUUCUGCGUUAAGGCCGUGCACACGAAAGUGACUGUUCAUUUGACGGAUUGUUGUUUUUGAUUUUCUUUUCUUUUUGUACAAAUACACUUAUACUACUAAAUAAAUGUAAUUUUAUUAGAGGGGCAGAAAAAGAUUGA